AACAAUCCUUUUCACCAUAGAAGACUGGGCUAUUAAGGUGUAGCUCUCUAUUCAUCACUUCUCUUACACACCCCUUUUUUUCCCUUCAUCUUCCAAUAUAAAUAUCCAUCAAUCUCCAUCAACUUUUUCCCUCACCACCACCACCAUAACCCAUAACCCACCUCCUCCUCCUCCUCCUUCUUCUUCUUCUUCCAUUAUGGAUCCUUCAUGCACCACUACUUCAUCUGUUAAUGGCUUCUACACCAUGCUAAACCAAGAGCUUGAAGACCUUGACUGCACUUUCCUUUCGUGUAACUUCAUGUCGAUGCAGUUCCUUCAAAAAACCCUCUCUUCGCUUCGAUCUUUUCAUUCCCAAUUGACCCUUUUGGUUCAAAGGCUUCACCUUCCUGUAGGAGAAAAAUGGCUGGAUGAAUACAUGGAUGAAAGCACUAGGCUAUGGGAAGCUUGCCUUUUGCUCAAAUCUGGCAUUUCAGGGAUUGAAAGCUAUUGUUCUUCCGCUGCCAAUAUUGCUUCCUCGAUUGACCAUCAUCACCACUUCAACCCACAGUUUGCUCGCCAGGUUAUAAGGGCAAUGAUGGGGUGCCAAAGGGAAAUUGUAGGAUUGGAAGAGGAAAAUAGGAACCUGAUAGAAACAAGAGCAAGACAGCUAUCACUAAGAUUUGAUGAAAACAUUACAAAAGAAUCAAAGUUGAAUGGUUUCAAUGGGUUCCGAGGUGUGCUUUAUGCAAUGAGGAAUGUGACUUCAUUGAUCCUAAUGAUCUUGCUCAGUGGUCUCGUCUAUUACUGGCCUCAACUCAGCUUCAUCCAGGGCGAGCACGAAGGGCAUGUGAUGUUUGGGUCAGCUUUCAUGGUUUCAAUUGCAAGGCUACACCAAAGGGUGUGUAACGAAAUGGAACAACAAAAUGGAGGGCAACAGGCAGCAGGGAUCAUGGUUUAUGAGUUUAGGGAAGCAAAGGUGGCGAUGGAAGAAGUGAAGGGUGAAAUUGAAAGGAUGGUGAAAUAUGGGGUAUCAUCAUUGCAAGUUGAGAUACAAGACAAGAUUGACAACUUGAAGAGUUGCUUUGGGUUGUUGAGAUGUGGGGUGGAAACUAUAAUUGGACAAAUUGAUGAUUUCUUUGAUGAAAUAGUUGAAGGAAGGAAAAAGGUUUUGGACAUGUGCACUCAUAGGUAAAGUUGCACUCAAAGGCUGUACUAGCAGUAGCAGUAGUAGUAAGUAAUUUUAGAAGUGAAAAGAAUCAGUUGUUAAAAAGUGGCAUCAUGUCACUCAAUUUCUUCGUUUAUUUUUCCCCUUUUUUCUUUAAUUUCUCUUUUGGUCCCUUUUUUUCUUAAAACAUGUUUUUAGUUUGGUUUAAUUCCACCCCAUACUUUAUACUUUUAGGAGCUUUGAAAUUUUAAUCCAUCUGCUUUUAUUGUAGAGAUAUAACCUCUUUACUUGUUCGAUUUUAAAAUUAAAGUUCAAUCGAUAACAUAUAUUUAGAUUAACGAAGGUAAGUUAUUCAUGUUUUCAAAUGAAUUUUAAUUUUUAAAUUAGACAAUUAAAAGAUUAAUUCCUAGAUUUAAAAAUAGAGAGAUUAAAUUUCAAAUCUAUAGAGUACAGGGACUGAGAUCAAACUAGACCUUUUCAGUUUUUCAACUUAUUGUUCUUUGAAGUCAAGUGUUUGGAGCAGCAAUAGUCUUGAAGGAAAACCCUUUUCUAAUGAAAACCCAGAAAAGGAAAUGCCUUAAGAGAAAGGAGAAUAUGAUUCUUAAAGAUAAGAAAACAAGAAUAUAUAUAUAUAUAUAUAUAUAUAUAAAAGAUAGCCAUUAGCUUCUACAGAAAGCAAGAUCUUCCAAAGGAGAGACAGAGGGCAGAUUCUUCUUCCUUUUCUGUUUGGUAUAGAAGAAAAUGUUAUAUUUUCCAGGAAGAAAAGGAAAAUGAUGCUCUUUUGAGCUCUUUGUUGUCUAAAUAUUACAAUCUGAUCUUGUAUUCAAUAUAUACACUCAUAAGGAAAUGAAGAAGUUGAUGAGCUUUUUUAAUUAAAAA